AAAGACACGGCGUCUCCGCUGGCACCCUAACGGCCAAUCCAUUGCCAAAGCUGUCAACCUUCAGAAGCAGUGCUGCCAACGAGAGCUCUGCCAGCUUGGACUCUUGUUUGACUGGGCGGGAGUGCAUUCCGAAAGCCGAAAGAGGGUGUCACACAAACCUGCUGAGACCACGAAAAUCCGCCAGGGUGGUCAACCACUGGCAGAUGCCACACCUUGACCAUAGUUCAAGCCCCGCCACUACACGUGAUAUUUGCAGGCUUGAACCUCCAUGCCCGACGAGCCGAUCCUCUCCGUGUAGCGGGGUGCAUACAGUCUUUCGGACACCAUUAAACCAACUUCGAUCUCCUUAACGCGGCCCCAAAACCUCCAGGAAUCCAUGCGUCUCGUCUAGGGGUGCCUAGUCCCUAGCAAGCGCUGUUGAGAAUAAUGGGAGGUGCUGAUGAAGCUCUCCCCGCCAGUCAGCACCCCGACGCGUCUGAUGAGCCGAUAUUCGAGCUCGCUGUCGAUUGCGGGCGGCAAUUCGAGAAAGUUCUUGAAAGCGAGGCUACCACUGAACCAGCCCAGUCCGGACGACUCAUUAAAGAGUACCACCGCCUCUUCUGGGCUUGGGCUCAAUAUGUCGGCGUCUUUGCCGCCGGGAAGGCGAGCCUUGACUGGAGGCUGCGCCGCAACAGCAACUAUAGGGAUCUGUUCUUGCUCGCGCUGGACAUGCUCAGAGUGAACCUACUACAGUUGCUUCCCCUGGACGCGAGGUCCGUCGACAGCGGCGACAGCGGCGACAGCGACUUAUCUGACGACUCGGACCCUCGCGGCGUCGCCUUCGAGGGGAUCGAGGAGUCUGUCGCGCAACUCAAUAGCCUAGGGAUCUCAAUCCGUCGCCAUUCCACCUCGCGCCUCGAGUCCAAGGUGAAAGCCUUUGCCGCGAAGAGGAUCGACCAGCAGAAUGAUUUCGAGAUUCUCGCCUUAGUUGCCGUCCAGAGACUGUAUCCAGAAGCAGCAACCAGUCUCCACCAGCGGCUGAGCAAGAAUAUGGUGGACACCUACAUGAGGUUGUUGUACUGGAAAUCUCACAAGGAAAAACUCGAAGGCAACCGGGGAGGUCCUCGUCAUCAUGACUCAAUACUCCCCGAAACGCAGCCUAUAGAGACCAGACAUGCCCCGGUGCCCUCAGACGACAAUUUACCCAAAGAGAGCUGUCAAAGGCCGGCCCCAGCAGCUCCCAGCAUGACUGAAGCCACUAGUCUGCCGUCUAACCACCCACCUCCCAUAAGAAAGGGAAAAGAAGGCCAUAUCAAGGAGACAAAGCACGGGGCAGCCGCGACUGUUCUGAAAACCAUGGUCAAGUUUCCGCGAGCACCGAAAGAGGGCGGCAGUACAUGCCGGUACUGUCAUAAGGUCCAUUCAGCAGAGGAAUACCAAGACGAGACCUGGUGGAAAAAUCACACUAAUAAUGAUAUACUCCCCUACAUAUGUCUCUUCGACUUUUGCCUGGGGCCCAAGGUUUUCUCAACCUCCGGCAGCUGGGCCCAGCACAUGUCGUCUGAGCAUGGCGACGACUGGGCCCUAAUGAUCCCCGACUCUCCCGUCUGGAAGUGCGAUUUUGCGAGUCAAGACCAUGGUGCUACCCCGUAUUUUGCGACAUUGAGUCAUCUAAGGGGCCACUACAAGACUGCACACCUCGAUGAUGAUGGGCUGAAGCGGCUGGAUCAGAGUGUCGCGGCGAACAGACCACCAGUCGUUUGCCCAUUUUGCUACCGAACCUUGCAUUAUGGCAAACAUGGACGGGACGCCCAGUUAGCCGUGAAAGACAAGGAUGAGAGCUCUGACGCCAACUUGCCCGUGGCGCCGACUGCGAAGAAGGUCAAUUGGGCCGCGGAUGUCAAGCAGGCUCCAACCGAGACACAGGAUGAAUUUGACAGCAUAAAGCACCUCAAUAUCAACAGUGACCUAUCGAGCCACAUAGCAGAGCACCUCCAGCGUCUGGGCCUCUUGACGGUUCGACUGAAAGACGUGUUCAGCGCUAGAGACGAUGGCAUUACGGGCGACAUGAGUGAAGCCAGCAUUCCUACGGAUGAGCAGAGCACAGCGGGAUCCAGAAGCACAGUUAAAGAUUUGGAUCCGGACUACCAUAGUGACGACGAUGACUUCGACAAUAGCCUAGUCGCGAUCAUCCAGCAACACCGCAUUCCGUCCUAUGAAGAAGACACUGAUGGGUACCUCCCUUUCGCGGUGCUUCGGCGCGUCAUGACGCCGGAGAGGAUCCGGGCCGCGCUGCGUAAGAACUGCGGGUUCACCGAGGACAAACGAAUCACGCAGCUCUGUGCCGAAAUAGUGCCAGAUGGGCUAACCAGCAACGCUACGCGCUGGUGUGCGGACGCGCCCAGCCCCCCAAGCGGCAGCUCGAGGUCGCCCCCGGGAUACUUGAUCGUGUUUGCGCUGCUGCUCGAAAUCGAUCGCGGCGCCCUUAUUGAAUAUUUUAUCCAGCAAGGCUGCUCGGACGCCAAGCUACCCUUGCAGACCAAGCGUUGUCAAUACGAGCUGCAUCUCGUGGAGGCCACCAAACCGCGCGAUCUCGAGUCACGGCAAUGGCUUAGGUACACGGAUAUAAAAUGGCUCAGGACCCGGCAGUGGUUCUUUUUGACCCCCUUUUUUGCCUGCGAGGAAGACGGCACCCCGAAGCACUACUGUCUGCCUGUUGAGGCCCAGCUGCCUUGGAGACCAAUACCAAUGACGGACAAGGACAGGUGGUUGACGAGCCACGCAAAUGACGGGCAGUAUUCGGGGUGGGGCCGCCCGGGAGGUCUCGGUGCUUUCGAGCCCGCCGGCGGCUUCGGAAUGGUCGAGCCUGUUAUUAUCGACCCAGACUCCCACGGCUUCCACGCCCAACUAAGACGGCUUUCGCUCCCUAACAAUCGUUUUGCCGUCAUACCCAUCAGAAAAGCCGACGCGGACAGGUACAAAAAGGAAAUCCAAAUCCUGAAACGGUGCAGCAGCCGCAGCCACGAGCACCUCGUUACGUUCCUGGCGACCUUUGAGCACAAGGACCAAUACUGCUUCAUCUUCCCUUAUGCAGAGUGCAAUCUGGACCAGCACUGGAAAAGCCUCAAAUCCCCGCGCAAAACGCCCGAGUUCGCUCUCUGGGCCUCGGCCCAGGUCCUAGGGCUCGCGGAGGCCAUACAUAUCCUGCACAACCCUCCCAGGUCCUCCCUAGGCGAGCAGGAUGCGCAGCGGUUUGGGCGCCACGGGGGCCUCAAGCCCGAGGACAUUCUCUACUUCCCCCCGCCCGACGACGGCGGCGGCGGCAGAGAGUCGUCGGCACCCAAUGCCCUCCGCGCCGUGUGGAGGCACGGUCUGGUCUCGCCGGAAGACAAGGCGCUUGGCAAGCUCGUUAUCACCGACUUCAGGCUGGCAGAUGUCCAGAGCUACAGCAAAUGGGCCCCUCCCGAGUACGAUAUGAAGGGAGAUAUUAAUAGCCGCCUGUGGGAUAUCUGGACUUUGGGCUGCAUCUUCCUCGAAAUGGUCUGCUGGAUGCUGGGUGAUGGCAAGAAAAGCGGCCAGGAUAGGCGUGAAGAAUUUGCCCAGGACCGGCUCCAUUACGACCUGUUCCGGGUGGGAACCGAUCAGUUUUACGAAAUCAUGCCCCAAGACCACGAAGGGCGUUAUGGCUUCAGGGUUAAUGAUAUGGUCGUUCAGUGGAUUGAAAAAAUGCACAAAAACCCAUGCUGCACGCAGUACCUCCACGAGCUCCUGGAUCUGGUAUACGACCACAUGCUGGUAGUGCCGUCGCCACCACAGCUCGACCGGAUUCGACCCAGAGCUCUCCUCGAGAGGGUUCAGGGCAUGCACAGCAAGGCCCAAGGGGUAGAUGGAAUAGCCUACCUGACCGAACACCAGCCUUGGCCCAACCAGGUUGUCCAAAGAAGAUUGGUGGUGCGCGCCGAGCUGGACGAAGAGCUGCAGGUCAGGACUGAGUUGAGUUCGAUGUCAUUUCCAUGAGCCCCCGACGGGCUAACUUCGGCUUGCGUUUGUUGAAAUAUUCUGGGUAUGAUUCAAGAUUCCCUGCGUUGCUUAUCUUCUGUCCUGAGUGAGAUGGGAGAGGUGGGAAAGGCAUGGCCUUAUAUACGUAGUGGGCAGCCUGGUAUAGCUCGUGCUCCUUAGUCACUAGCCAAAAGCAGGUAACAUUUGUCAUCUCAACACUGCUUUCCUCUGUACCAUGUACUCUGCUCGGUGCAGUCUAUUCUCCUUGAUAUUCUUUCCCGUUUCAACACGACCGUGG